CCGGAAGAGAAGAAGGUCCUUUUUCCAGCCAUCUUGUGGCUUCAUCUAGCGAAGUGUUCGCACCAAGCCUCUCAGAAUCGGAGGGAAAUCCUGCUGAAGGGGCGCCAUCAUGCCCGGACAAAUGCAAGAAGGUUUUGGCUGUGCCAUUACCAAUCGGUUCGACCAACUAUUUGACGACGAGUCGGAUCCCUUCGAGCUGCUGAAGCAAGCCGAAGUGAAGAAGAAGGAAGCUCCUGCUCCUGGUGCCGCCAAGACCGCGGCGCAGCUUGCCAAGCAGCCGAAGAAAGAGUCCCAGAAAGACAGAAAGGUCCCGCUAACUGACAAGAAGGAGGAGAGCCAGGCACCGGUUCCACUGAAAAAAGAUGGUGCUGGCAUGAGGAGAAUGGGCCGCAAGCCGGAUGGCGAAGGCUUCAGAGCCCCAGGUGGGCAGGGAGAGGGGCGCCCCCCAGCAGACCGGAGGCCCGUGGACAGACGGCCCCCCCGUCGCUUCGAGAGGCCCCCCCCCAGUGAGGCCGGAGAGAAGCCUGAGGGCGGCGAGUUCUCAGUGGAGAAACCCAUUGGCGAUCGGCCCAUGAGAGGACGCGGCGGUCCCAGAGGAGGCGUCCGUGGAGGCCGAGGUCGUGGAAUGGGUCGCAACGACGGCUUUGACUCCAGAGGAAAGCGUGAAUUUGACAGACACAGUGGCAGCGACCGAUCUAGUCAGAAAGGUGAGGAGAAGCGUGGUGGAAGUGGCUCUCACAACUGGGGCACCGUCAAGGAUGAACUCAAUGAGCUCGACCAAUCAAACGUUACUGAAGAGACCCCCGAAGGAGAAGAGCAUCCUGCUGCCGACUCUGAGAACAAAAGGGAGAAUGAGGUGGAGGAGGUGAAGGAGGAAGGGCCCAAGGAGAUGACUCUGGACGAGUGGAAGGCUGUGCAGGACAAGGAGCGAGCCAAAGUGGAGUUCAACAUCCGCAAGGCCAACGAGGGAGCCAAUUGGAACAAAGGAUUCGUGCUGCACAAGUCAAAGGCAGAAGAUAAGAAGGAAGAAGUGAUUGAUCCUGAGGUCGAGGAGCCGAAGGUUGAUGACGAGCCCCACUUCCGCAAGCCGGCCAACGACAUCACCUCCCAGCUGGAGAUCAACUUCGGGGAUCUGGGCCGUCCGGGCCGUGGACGCGGCGGACCGCGCGGAGGUCGGGGGGGUCGCGGCCGCGGCGCUGGUGGGGGCCCGCCUGGCGCCGUCAGCGGAGAAGCCACUAGGCCGGUCCGUGCUCCGAGGCCUGACAAGUCGUCUGCGUCGGUGCCCAACGUGGACGACCCAGAGGCCUUCCCAGCUCUGGCUUAAAGCCCAGCAGCUGUUCCUCAGGCCUACAGGAGCCUCCUGAGCACCUCCACUACGAGGCCUGCAUGUUCCUGGAUCCUUCAGCAGAGUGGAAUGAUGGAGAAGAAUGUCAUUGACUAUGACACUCAAAGUGAGGACUGAGUUUUAUCCAAUAAAAACAAAACGAAGAUGGAAAAAAAAAACAGAAAUUAACAAAAAAAAACAAAAAGAGAAAAGGACUUCUUGCUCCUCGGAGCAGCUUCUUGGUAGAGGUUUUGUACUUAAACUCGGUAGCAGGGAUGUUCUCAUACAGGUUUUUUUUUCAGAGGUUAUGCAUUGAUCUUUUUCUGUAAUUGCUGCUUGCAAAUCUGUGUUUAGUGAUGUAAGCAGAAGGGUUCUUAAGCUUUGAACCAGCUAGUGUGUAGCUCCCAUGCUAACGCGCUAACAAGCUCAUAGCCCCAUAACCCUCAUGCGUUUGGCCACAACAGGUGUUCUCAUUAACACUUAUGGAUUAUUUCUCCUUGAGCACUGUUGUAUUGUUAUUUUUAUACAGGAGGUUUAUUCAAUAAUGUUCAGCCUGUAAAUCUUUAUCUUCAUAAAUUCCUGCAGAGUGUCAGGUGGUCUAUAUUCGCCUUAUAGGUCCUGGAACCUGUACUGAUAGAAGGAUCUAGAGAAACUCAUUCUGCAAGUGUCUCCACACAGUGAGAUGAGGCUCAAGUCUCCUGGAUCUCCUCCCACUGCCCACACACUCCUCACAAGCCCCCCCCCCCCCCCCCCCCCCCUCUGCAUAACUGCUCUGAAAGAAAUGGAAUAACUCCUGUGUGAACUCCUGCUGUUAGAGGCCUCUGUCGAUGAAUAAAGGUGGUCGAUCAAUCGUU